CGUGGCUACUUCAUUCACUCUUGCGCACGUGGAGGGGGCUUGCCUUCCGUGUAACGUUAUCAGUAGUUUCUGCACCCUCUCGGGCUCAGUUGCUAAUCGCCCCUGCUCCUGAACGCACGUCUCGAUUUGUCUCUUGACACUUCUUGUUUUUACUACUCCGUGUUUUUAUUUCAUCUUAAUUAGUAUAAUACGCAUAGAAAGCGAUUUUUAGUUAAAUCAAAGGUGAAUGUGGUUGUAAAUCAGUGAAAGUGUUAAUACAUAGAUUGCUUGUAAAACGAUUAACUCGUCUUCAAGGCCUAGCCCCGCCCGUCGCACAAGCAAGAUAGAACAGACAAAAUGUUCGCAGUGAUGCAAAUCGACGAAGACCACACACGGGACUUCAGGCGCAAGCUGCGGCCGAAGUGCGAGUUCGUGUGCAAGUACUGCCAGCGCAGGUUCACGAAGUCCUACAACCUGAUGAUACACGAGCGCACGCACAAGAGCCCCGAGCUCACGUUCAGCUGUGAGGUGUGCGGGAAAUCGUUCAAGCGCCAGGAUAAUCUACGCCAGCAUAGAGAAAUCCAUUACAAUCCAAACAAGGAGGCCGCAUGUCUAAGAUGGUGAUCAUUCAAGACUCAUGUGUAUCCGCAUUAAGUAAUAAUCGGGAUAAUCUCUACGUAACAGUAUUCGUGCUUCACCAUUAACUCCGCCAGGAUCUUGUUAUUGUUCGAAUUUAUCAAAAAGUAUAAGCAAGAAAACGUAUAGCUAUAUGUUUUCGCAGCAAAAACUAAAUUAAGAACAUUCUGGUGAUCUGUAAAUAGUAUUUAUUAGAGUAAGUGAUGGUAGCAUUUAAACAGCUUAAUUGCUUAGCUUAUAGCUUAAUGUAAAAAAUAUUUAUAUGAUAUUUAAAAUAUUGUUAUGGUUUUAAGCUACUAAUGCGUGGAACGUACAUAAAUAGUUUCAAAUAAUUAUGUAUUUCAUAUAAGAACAGAUUUAUUUUACAAUACGAAAGUAUUUCCAUGAUUUCUUAUUUAUUAGUACUUAGUUAGUAGCGUUCCAUAAACUGCUUGAUGUAUAUUUUGAGGGUUGUUCCUAAUAUUUAGAAUGUUAGUAAAGACUACUUAUAGAGUUGUUUGAUCUAGAUAUAGCACAUAAGAAAUAUCUAUACCUAAAUACGAAAUUAUGAAGUAAUCAACAAAAUACAUAUAAAAUGUUGACACAUCUCAAAUUCAGAUGAAAAGCAAAAUGUAUUAGCAUUUAACCAUAUUGCAAACCUUAUUUUUAAACAGUUAUUAACGUGCUAGCUAUCUUGACAUAAAGAAUCAUUUUUUUGUUUCGUAGUUUUACUAAGCCUAUGGUCACCCUCGACAAUGAAAUGUUAUAAGUUUUGUAUUUUUUCUACUAUUCCACUUGGGCCACUUGCGCCAAUUCUGGGUUACCCACUAACUUGGAGUUAACCGCUAACCCAGAGUUAAAUUGUACUGGUAACUCCGAGUUUAACAGGUUAACCCCGAGUUAGGGGGUAAUCCUGGAUGGCGCAAGGGGCCCUUAAACGUAGUUAUGUUAAUUGAAAAUUCAAAAUUUUCUUUUAAUGUAGAACGAUUUAGGAAAAUGUAGACAAGUUAUUUGUUAAAUUGGCUUUCUCAAUAACUUUACCUUUAUUUCGAUGCUUUUGCGAAAUAGACUUGGUAAGGUUUUCUGAAUAUUAUCAUUUAUUGUCUUUACGCACAGUAUAUAAAUAUUUUUUUAUAUAUAAAGUGUCACAUGAGACACUAUUUGACACUAUUAUAUUAAAACAUUGGAAAUUAACAAAUAUUGUAUUAAUUAUUGUAAUAAUAGUAGGGAUGGUUAAUAAAGAAAAUAAUCCAUGUGCCAAUAAUGGACAGGUCGCCUGUCUCGUAGCCAUAUUUUUAUAGUGUAGUUGUAUAAAAUAAUAUUUUUCGAAUAUGUUAUUAUGUAUUCCAUUGCAUUGUAAAUCAAUGAUAAUAAAAAUUCAGUAAUAAAA